AUGCAGAGACACUACCACCAAAAAUGCAACCACCAAGGAAGACACAUCUCUCUAGGAACCUUAAGGAAUGAAGGUUAUUGGAUACUGGGUGGCCAACGGCAAGUAUCGAAAGUCAUUAAAGACUGUGUGGUGUGCAAAAGGCUUCGAGGAAAAGUACAAGAACAGAUUAUGGCAGACUUACCCGAAGAAAGGUUGACUGAAGCACCAGCAUUCACCUUUGUGGGAGCUGAUGUGUUUGGACCUUGGUUGAUACGUAGUUUCAAAACUGGAAGUGCAGUUCAAGCUAAGAGAGGCCCAGCCAAGCAGAUUCGUUCGGACUGUGGCACAAAUUUUGAAGAAGCAUGCAACGAGCUUGGACACCAACUUGUUGACAAAGAUUGUGUGAAACGAUACCUGUUUGGACGUGGAUGUGAGUGGAUUUUUAAUCCUCCCCAUGCCUCACAUAUGGGGGGAGCUUUGGAGAGGUUAAUUGGGAUGGCCAGGCGCAUUUUAGAUUCUGUUCUAAGAGAAGUGAAACCAAGCCAGCUUACCCACGAGGUUUUAGUCACACUAAUGGCGGAAGUGUCCGCAAUUAUAAACUCCCAUCCUUUGUUACCAGACAGUGAUGACCCAGAGCUGCCAAUAAACUUAUCACCUAACAUGUUGCUUACAAUGAAAGCAUCACAGAUAACAGACCCAGAAGGACCAUUCAACCAGAAUGAUUUGUUGAGAAAUCAGUGGAGACGUGUUCAGCACUUAUCAAACAUGUUUUGGUGA